AUGUUUACUUCACUCUUACGUCCAUUAUCAUGUCAGGGAAUUCAAGUUCCGGUUUUUCGUUUUAGCACCUAUAAUGCCCUACGCAAUGGUGAUAAAGACUCUAAAUCUGAUGCUCCUAAUUACAAGAACAUUUUAACAGAAAGUCAUGAUAAAGUUGGAUUGAUCACACUAAAUCGUCCAAAAGCUCUAAAUUCAUUAUCUAGUGACUUAUUUCAUGAAGUUAAUGAUGCUCUUGAAAAGUUCGAUAAUGAUUCGAGUAUUGGAGCCAUCGUUAUUACCGGGAAUGAACGUGUCUUUGCUGCUGAUAUCAAAGAAAUGCUUGAUAAAACGUUCGCUAAAUCUUAUAAAACAAAUUUCCUUGGUCAUUGGGGAAAAAUUAAUGAUGUCAAGAAACCUGUCAUUGCUGCUGUUAAUGGAUUCGCGCAGUUGGGUGGUGGUUGUGAAUUAGCUAUGAGUUGUGAUGUUAUAUAUGCAGGAGAAGGCGCCAAAUUUGGGCAACCUGAGAUUAAACUUGGUCUAAUUCCUGGCGCUGGAGGUACACAAAGACUAACAAGAGCAGUUGGAAAAUCCAAAGCGAUGGAAAUUGUGUUAUCUGGUAGAACUUUUACAGCUCAAGAAGCUGAACAAUGGGGACUUGUAAGUAAAGUAUUUCCGGUGAAUCAAGUACUUGAAAAAGCUAUUGAACUUGGACAGGAAUUCGCUGGGUUUUCUCAACCAGUAAUUCAAGCAGCUAAAGAGUCAGUCAAUGCUGCAUAUGAGUUAUCUUUGAAAGAAGGAUGUCAUUUUGAGAGAAGAUUAUUCCAGGGGAUUUUUUCUUUG